UUGGAAGGUCAGCUGCCAAGGUGUUGCAUCACAACUCGCUGUACAACUCGGGUCUUCACAUGGUGGAUGUUCCCAAACCAGUUCUGUCAUGUUUUGGCCAUGAAAGCCUAGUAUCUGAGCUAGAAUCGCGGUUGAUGCAAAGUUUGGCAUCUGAACCUGCCUUAUGGCGUCAUUCCAAAUGGACUUCACCAUAUCCGGUGCACAUAGAUGUUUACUUCACUCGUUUCGACAUCGAAGCACUUCAGGCGCCGGUGAAGGUGCUUUCCACUGGUCGACCCAUCCGUCCAUUGGGCUCCAUGAAACCGUUUCUUUACAUUCACGUCCUGUCCAAUAACCACACUCAGUACACACAUGGAACCGUGAAACAGGACAUUGCCAAGUGGCUUGGUCAUUUGAAUGCGCAAAAUAUAACGGAUUGGCUAAUUCUCAUGAUCGACGCGGACUCGAGGCCCAACGCUACCAAAGUGUGGUCGAAACUCAGCGUGUUGGACCGAAUUAAACAGGAUUUCAACGUCCCUGCCGCUGAACACCACUUUCUUCGAGUACCCGAUCGUCGUGCUGUGGAAGAAAAAGUAUUUUCGGAAUCAUGGAACACUCUAAUGCGCUCGAUCAGGAAAAUCCUACUGGAUAUCUUCUACCACACUAUACGGGAUUACGAGACACAUAUCCGUUUACUUCUCGAAGCUCAAGGAAGCGUCGGUUGGGAUUUCUUUGAGUAUCUAGAUCGAAAGGAAGAACUCGCAGAACUGUACUUGUUUCUCCGAGGUUACGAGGACGCUUUGCAUGAAUACUAUGACAUCGAGUCGUUGCUCGCGCUCUCAAUCAGGAAUAGUGCCUCUGCUGGUUCUCAUCCCGUUUGGAUCGAUCAGUUGAACAGACGGUCUUCCCAAAGUGCAUCUACAUGUUCUUUUCUGUCUUGUUUUCCUGUGAUCAACUCUGGUUCGAAUUCACAACAAACGCGAGCUGUACGGAACCGUACUGCCACUUUAUUCGACAUCCGAACGUAUCUCUUAUCAAAGCAGUCGAUACUUUUGAAAUCGCUUAAACGACUGCAUGAGUUUCCGGCUCUGGCACUUUCUCGAAUAGUGGCUGCUGUGCAAGAAUCAAGAAUUUUAAAGUUGUGUUCAGUCCCUGAGUUUGAGUACUGCUGGACACUUUUAUGUGUGCUGGAUUGCUUGCAGCUUAUCCGCCCGAGAAAUGUCAACCCAAAUGACUCGGUGGAUAUUUCCAUUACCAAUAUACUGGCGGCUCUUCCAUAUUCUACUCAUAAUCACUCUCUCGUGCUUCGUAGUGCUGUUCCAAGUAAGCCCAGUGACCGGAAACCGUCAGAAAAUGUGUUCUUGCAUGCCAGUCAAUCAGGCAAUCCAUUGGCUGAACCGAUAGCGAAACUUGUUGCACGCACCUACGCAAUUAUUGCGCCGCUCACCAAUUCACCGGAACAUGAACGCGUGGCAGAUACGCUUGGUCGGGACCAGCCAUUUACUUCGCAUCUGGUGGAUAUGUGGAUAAUUGUCGUUUUGCAGCUGACCUUCCUCGGCCAACGCUUGUCGUAUUGGUCGUCCUGUCGGGAUCGCACCGUGCGCGAUCCGAUUCUUCAGUCUAUCAAGUUGGGUAUCAAUCAGUGUUCCGUUUCCCAUCUAUCAAAUCCGGACGAUUUUGCCGUUUCGGUUCAUCGGCACUUAAAUCACUUGUUAUCCUCGAAGACCACUUACUCCGAGGUUUACAUUUCUUUGGCACAAAUCAUCGUCGGUUUCCUGCACUUGACCUCCCAGCCGCGCAAAUCGGUCCACGUCUCUUGUCUUUUGGCCAACUUUUUGCACUAUUCGAACAACGAGAAAAGUGCCAGUGAUCUAUACUCAUCCGCCAUUUCUAUGUGCCUAAACGAGGGUUGGAUCUGCCUGAGCUUACGAAUUUACAUGCAACUGGCCUGCUGUCUUCGAACCGUCAUAAGGAGCCCACGGUUCCAAGACGAUUGCGAAAUGGAACUCUUGCUUACCCGUUAUAUUGACUGCUGCUUCGCUCUUGGCUGUGCCUCGUCUCGAGCAUUGUCCACUGUUUUUAACUCCAUGAACGUAGCUGCCAGUCAAGAGAUUAUCCUGAACACUUGGUUUCCCGAUAAACUGGCCGAUUCUGUUACUGACUUGCGCUCUCCUGCGUUUUGGUGGUCCGAGGCCGUCAGAGCCCAACUCACUUUACCCGAACACGUCGUGUGGGAUGCGUCGUUUGCCUUUUCGACCCCGUUUCGUGUCCACCAGGUGCAUUUGAAAGGUGCCAACGAGGACGGAACUCAAUGUAUCACACUGCAGCUGAAAAACACAUCCCAUUUAUCUUUCCAAGUCCGUAUUCAAGCUAUUGCUGCCUUUCCAACGGGGAACGACUGGAUAAAUCUGAUGGAAUACGGACUAAUGGGAAGACAAAAUGUCGACGUAGAUGAUGUGGAAUCCAAUCUGACAGUUGUCGACUACACACUCUCGGUUCCUCCUGUCAACACCUCAAAUCUGCAUUCGGGUCUACGUCCUUUGGAUAACAGCCAUUCUGCUCUGCUUGUGGCUCCAAAACUUGGGUCUCCAAAACUAAACCCAUCACGUGGGGACACUUCAAGCCUUACACCGCUCACGAAAAGAGGCUCGUUUUUUGAUUUGGCCGCAUCUUGGGCCACUCGACCCACAUGGAAAUCGCAAGAUCAGCUGCACUCCUCUCUUGGGAUAGAUCCUACACAUUCACAGAAAGCUUCCUUGAACACGAAAGACCAUUUGGUCACUUAUCGUCUGCCCUCUGUCUCACCGCUUUGCAAGUCAUCCAGUCGCAAUUUAGCCGAUACAGAGAAUGCAUCACGUCUCUCGAUGAAUCGGAUAGCGUCCACAACUAAUCUACAAGACAUUAGUCUAUCAAGUAUAGACUCGGCUUACCUCUUGGAUAAGACCCAAGAACGUAACUUUUUGAGCCCUUCUUCAGCAAUGAUUCAACCGGAACCUACCACGUCAUUCGUCCCGAAGCAUUCCGAUGGAUUCUAUACAUCUACAAGCACUCUUCACCCAGGCAUGAAUACUCUUAACUUGUCAGCCACUUGUCCUGGAUUCAUGCUUCCAGUGUGCCUACAGAUAUCCGUCUUGGACUGGUCUUGCGAUGGCGAGAAUACGAGUCGAAAUAUACAAUGCCACAAGGAUGCUGUAUUUAAUUGGUCCUAUACACUUCGGCGCCAGCAUUUUUCUUCAAGCUGGAAAAAUCGACCACUCCUUGACUCUCUGUUGCCUAGUCUUCGGAACUAUGGUUCUGAUCACGAACCUUUUGAGCCGGUCACAGUCAUUUUGGGUUUGAAACAACCCAUUUUGUUCGACAUGAAACUAGGCAAACUGGGGUUGCCAGCCCGAUGUUGUUCUCCGAUUACUCUCUAUCGAAGUGUGCGUACAGGGACGUGUGCUCAUUCGUCACCACGACACGCUGCCACAGAGCCAGUGCGCAAGAUUCGCGGUUUUAGUGAGUAUACAGUCAAUCCACUCACGAAACAUGCUACUGUGGUGGUCGAUGGGGGCGAAUCUUCGGACGGGCAAUACUCCGACGGAUCCAUUGAUCCCAAUUACACUCAUCUUGAUGGUCCAGUCGAUUUGUGUGGCGAGUCUCUUCACCUCGUUGACUGUCCACAGGAGGAGUAUUUUUCUGUUGGAGCUCAGUUGCAAAUGGACCGUCCCUUGCUUCUCACCGUGCUUACGGAAAUGGACGAGUUUGCCAUAUCGAUGCCAUUUGGUUAUAUGCUUCGCCUUCCGGUGCGAAUAAUCAAGCCGUUGGUCAUGCAGCUCAGCGUGUCCGCUUUCCAACGUACCAAUGCAGUAAUUCUCGGACUUCGUAUCGGAUGCACGGACCUGCCUUAUCGACUGCGAGGAAAACUCAACACGAAUAAUGAUGCGGAACCGUUUGCGUUUACUUUAUUUGACUUUCAACUGACGCUCAAUGCGCCAUCGGUUCCCAAUGAGAAUCAAGCAAGCGAUGCAUCCAAAAACCCUCACACUAUCUCUGUCACACCUCCGCAAACAGUGGUGUCACAGACCUCCAUUCCGUUCUCGUCGAAAGAGCCAGCGACAGAGAACCUUCGCCUGGACUCUUUGGAUUCUCUGGUUGGUGUUUUGCUUGACCCCAAUUGCAAUACAGUGCAUGUCAGCCCUCUCUGUCCAGUGACAUUGUUGUGGUCAUUCAAAUUAAGCGAUUUUCGGCCGUUUAUAAACAACACGAGGGAGCGUUUUAACAAAUCUCCAGUGGCCAAGUUCCAGUGCAGUUUUAGACGACUGGGUGACACGGAUUCGGAAGCACAACUGGUGUUUUAUCGGAAAAUUUCGCCUGUUUCGCAGCCGAAGGCUGAAAAAUCAGGUUCCACACCUGGAUUGCUCGGCAGAAGCAAGAAAGGGCUCCCCUGAUGAUAUUGAUGCAUUCGACUAGAUGUUGCCCAUAUUCGUGGACUCGCUUCGUUCUUUCAGCUGUGAACUAUGGUUGUGGACCAUGCUACCGGACCACCAAUGGGCUUUGUGAUCCCCUCUUUUUUUACUAUACACUCAUUGAUGCUUCCCUCCCUUGUCUAACGUGUAAAACAUUAUAUUUCACUAUGUGAUGUAAACUUGCGUUCCAUAUCUUGUUGCGAAUGUUUAUAGACCACUAUAACACUUUCUUUUC